AGACUAAACACUUUAAAUUGCUCGAAACACAAAAUUUUCUUUCCCUAUAUUUGAUGAUUUGGAAUAUUCUCGUUGUUGUGGUUACGAUCGUUACUAAAUCGCUAGAGACACUCGAAGUUGAUUUAGCAGGUCUAGUGAAGCAAACCGUAGCGGGAAACGAAGGAGUGCUGCAUAACUGCAGUUCUGAUCAAGAUCAAGUGCUACAACAAUGUUAUAUAGAUAUGUUUCAAUCAUAUGGUUCAAAUGUGACUAGCCUUCCCCCAGCAGACGAAGAUCCAUUUAAGAAAAUUCGGUACGAUGCCACUGGAAUGUGUAGUACAUAUACAACUCUACGUCACUGUCAUAGUGACGUCAUCAAUGAUUGUCUCAACUAUAACACUUUCAAUGCAAUUUUUGGUUCAGAAAGCAAUGCAGCUUAUUACAUCUCACAAACGGGGUUUCUUGAAUUCUAUUGUAAUUAUGGAAAUGAUUUUGUGGCAUAUUAUGAAUGUAUGCAAGCAAUCAGUUUGAAUGAUCUCUCUGACACGAUUUAUACUGAAUGUUCCGUUUUGGAAGUUGGCAGUUGCGACUCCGUAUCACGAACCACACAAUGUGAGCGAGCAGUAGUGAGAAAAUCAUGUGGAAAUAGUGCUGUCAAAUCAUACUGCCAAUAUCAGAAGAUUCUCACCCACAUGACUGGGUGGAACUUCUGUGAGUACAUGCCAUGCAUCAAUUCGUCGCAACCUCGAACAUUCUUCUUCUUAAUAAUUUUAAUGUAUCUCUGCAAAAUUUUUGUUUGAUCUCAUUUAUAAAACAAUAAAAGUUUAUCUAUUCAAA